AUGGUUUCCACGAGUCGCGGGCGACUAUUUUCGUCGCCAGUUCUAUCAAUCGUUGUCCUUCCUUUCCUGAUAUUGCUCGCCUCGUUCACGAGCCCUGUAUCAGCAGCCGGCUCGGCAGUUCUUGGAGUUGAUGUUGGAACCGAAUAUUUCAAGGCCACGCUGGUAAAGCCAGGGAUACCGCUCGAGAUUGUUCUAAGCAAAGACUCAAAACGCAAGGAAUCCGCCGCGAUCGCAUUCAAGCCAACGAGAGAUAGCAGUGCACCUUUCCCCGAACGAUUCUACGGUGGUAACGCUCUAGCCCUGGCGGCUCGGUUCCCAGACGAUGUGUACAUCAACCUGAAAACUCUCUUGGGCGUUUCCUUCGAGGACGGAAACAAUGAGGCCGUCAAGGGCUAUUGGAGCCGGUAUCCCGCUUUGAACCUUGAGGCAGCCCCCGGUGACCGAGGAUCGGUCGCGUUGCGGAGUCAUCGCCUGGGUGAAGAGCAAAAGAAGACGGCGUUCCUCGUCGAGGAAAUCUUGGCAAUGCAAUUGAAGGAGGUCAAGUCCAACGCUGAUGCGCUUGCUGGCAAGGGCUCCGAUGUUCGCGACGUCGUCAUCACGUAUCCUGCUUUCUACACCGCGGAGGAAAAGAGAAGUCUUACCCUCGCUGCGGAAUUGGCCGGCCUGAAGGUCCAGGCUCUGAUCAGUGAUGGUCUCGCCGUAGGAUUAAAUUACGCCACUACCCGAAAGUUCCCUAGUGUGUCAGACGGCGAGAAACCUGAGUACCACAUCGUUUUUGACAUGGGUGCUGGUUCAACUACUGCUAGCGUUCUGCGCUUCCAGAGCCGCAAAAUCAAGGACGUUGGAAAGUUGAACAAGACCGUGCAAGAAAUUCAUGUGCUUGGAAGUGGCUGGGACAAGACCUUGGGUGGUGACUCAUUGAACGAUUUGAUCGUCAACGAUAUGGUCAAGAAGUUGGCGGAUCACCAAAAGCUCAAGGACAAAGCUACUCCCGAACAAAUCAAAUCGCACGGAAAGACCAUGGCCCGGCUCUGGAAGGAUGCCGAAAAGGUUCGACAGGUGCUGAGCGCCAAUGGUGAUACCUCUACGAGCUUCGAGGGUCUUUACGAUGAUGAAGUGAAUUUCAAAUAUAAGCUCACUCGAGCCGCAUUUGAAGAGCUCGCUGCUGAGCAUAUUGCUCGUGUUGGCGGUCCUCUUGAACAAGCCCUCUCAGCCGCAGGCUUGACGCUGAGCGACAUCGACUCAGUGGUUCUUCACGGAGGGGCUAUUCGGACGCCCUUUGUUCAAAAGGAGCUGGAGAAGGUCUGUGGAUCUUCUAGCAAGCUGCGCACCAACGUCAACGCCGAUGAGGCUGCGGUCUUUGGUGCAGCCUUCAAGGGUGCGGCCCUCAGUCCCAGCUUCCGAGUGAAGGAGAUUCGAGCCAGCGACGCGGCUAGCUAUCCCAUCGUUCUGAAGUGGCAAAUGGAUGGGAAAGAGCGCAGCCAGAAGCUAUUCACCGCCGUCUCCCAGGUCGGUCCGGAAAAGCAAGUGACUGUGAAAAACCUGGAAGAUUUUGAAUUGAGCUUCUACCAGCAAGUGGGUGAGCAGAGUUUGCCUGUUCUCAGUGUGCAGACUCAAAACUUGACGGCAUCAGUGAACAAGCUGAAGGACUCCUUUGGCUGCACCACCGCCAACAUUACCACCAAGUUCAACAUUCGGUUGAACCCUGUUAAUGGUCUCCCCGAAGUGACCGGCGGGAAUGUGAGCUGCGACGUCGAGGUUGAGAAGAAGGGCAGCGUCGUCGAGGAUGUCAAAGGUUUCUUCGGUCUUGGUUCCAAGAAAGGCGAGCAAGAGCCGCUCGCGGACGGUGAGCCCAGCGAAUCUAUCACCCUCGAACCUGAGGCCGAAUCAUCGACCACAACCUCCGCCGGCUCUUCCUCAACCACGACUGCCAAGGAAGCCGCAAAACAAACCACCCAAGUCAAGCUUGAAAUUAUUCCUAUCAACUUGGUCUCGAGUCAGCUAGGAACUCGGGCUCCUUCAGUUGUGGAGAUGGCUCGCAUCAAGGGUCGCCUGGCCGCGUUUGAUGCUUCCGACCGAGACCGUGUUCUUCGCGAAGAGGCUCUCAACGAACUCGAGUCUUUUAUCUACAAAAGCCGUGAUCUUGUUGACAAUGAGGACUUCCUCCAUGUGAUGAAGGAAGAUCAAGUGGCCGUCUUGCAGGACAAAGUUGCCAAGGCAAGCGACUGGCUGUAUGAGGACAGCGACAAUGCCAAGACGGCUGAUUUCCAGUCGAAGCUGAAGGAUCUCAAGGCCAUCGUCAAUCCUGCCCUGAAACGCAUGAAGGAAAACUCCACGCGCCCUGCUCGAGUCCAGCUGCUCCAGGACAUGCUGAAAAAUGCCGAAUCCAUGAAGCAAAUGAUCGAGAAUCAGAUUGCGGCUGACGAGCAGUCAUACUCGUCCUCGCUCUCUGCAACCAGUACCACUACCACCGAGGGAACGGAGACUAGCUCUGAAGCAACUCCGUCCCCCUCCAAUGCCGAGGACCUUCUCGAUGAGCUUGACGACGACUUGAACUCGUCCGCGGCGUCUUCCUCGUCUUCUUCGACCGCUUCGAAGACCUCUACCAAGUCCUCGGCCACCGCUCAACCCACCGGACCCAAGUACACUCUCUUCACUCCGAUGGACAUGAUCGCUCUGAACUCCAUUUACGAGUCAACCAAGCCUUGGCUUGAGACUCAGCUUGAGACGCAGGAGAAGUUGACCGACUCGGACGACCCCGUACUCACAGUCGCAGAGAUCGAUUCUCGCUUGCGGGAAUUUGAGCGCGUGCUGAACCGCAUGUACGAUCGCAUGACGGCUGCUGCGGGUCGCGAGGCCAAGAAAGACAAGAAGGAGAAUGGUCAACAAAAGAAGAAGAAGGCGUCUAACGAAAAGGCUAAGAACAAGGAGAAGACCAAGGAAGAGAAGAAGCAGAAGAAGCAGCAGAAGGCUAAGGACGAGGCUAAGGAUGAGCUGUGA